CCCACAUCCUGUUUACGUUCGUCAACUGUACUUCAGUGAAAAAAAACUCUGGGUUGUUCUGAUUGUAUAAAGUCAGAGGAGGACCAGGCUGAAAUGAGACUGCCUUCGAUCUAAGUACGACCUCACUGCUGGAAAUACAAGGAACUCUCCUCGUGGCCUCAGUUCCUGUCAGCACCACCAUGUCGUGCCGGGAUAUCCACGCCACCAACGCUUUUGCCUUCAUCCUUGCCUUUGUUUGUGUGGGAGGGCUUGCUGUGGCAGCAUUAAUCCCACAGUGGCGUGUAACAAGACUAGUCACCUUCAAUCGUAAUGCCAAGAAUAUCAGUGUGUAUGAUGGGCUGUGGGCUAAAUGUGUGAAACAGGAUGGCUAUUCUGGAUGCUACUACUAUGAUUCAGAGUGGUACUCUAAAGUGGACCAGCUGGAUCUGCGGCUCCUGCAGUUCUGUCUUCCUACGGGCAUGAUGUUUGGCUCUCUGGCCUUGCUGCUGUGCAUGGCAGGAAUGUUUAAGACCUGCUGCUGCUCAGACAAGCCUGAACCAGACAUUAAGACCAUCAGAUUCCUGGUCAACAAUGCAGGCUGUCACCUGGUGGCCGGGACGUUUUUGUUCUUAGGUGGAGCUAUUGCCAUCGCACCCUCAGUAUGGUUCCUUUUUCGGACCAAGGAAAUGAACAUCAAAUAUGACAACAUUUUUUCCGAUGGCUUUGCUGUGUAUGUGUCUAUAGGCUGCUCUGGAGGACUAAUGCUGGCCGCCCUGCUAAUGUUCAUGUGGUACUGUAUGUGUAAAAAGUUGCCUUCACCCUUCUGGUUGCCUCUGCCCUCUAUGCCUACCUCUCUGUCCACCCAGCCUCUCACUGCCAACGGAUAUCCUCCCUCCCCAGUUUAUGGCCCUCAGCCCUUCCCUCCCCAGGCCUAUCCUCCCACAGUGAUCGACUCCCAGCCAUAUGUGACCUCCCAGGGCUACGCCCAGAGUGUGGUGGCCCCUGUACCGCCACAGGUGUACAUGUCUCAGAUGUCUGUUCCUGAUGGUUAUGGCUCAGAGGUGGGUGGCAACCAGGCCUACAGCUACGCUCCCUCACAGAGUUACGCACCAUCUCAGGGCUACGCACCAUCUCAGGGCUACGCACCAUCUCAGGGCUACGCACCAUCUCAGAGCUACGCACCAUCUCAGGGCUACGCACCAUCUCAGGGCUACGCAUCCAACUACGCAGGUCAGCGAUACUCCUCCCGCUCACGGAUGUCUGCCAUAGAGAUUGACAUUCCCGUGCUGACACAGUGACAGUAAGAGAAGAGAGGCUAUGAUGUCAGACUCCUGUCUAAGAAACUCAAUGAAGUUCACCACUGAUUAAACUAAUAGAGCAUGAUGGGUGGAAAUUAAUAAUACGGAGCCAUUUGCAGCCCCUAGAGUGAUACACUCAGUGGCCGUUUCUCAAUGUCGAGUAAACCUGCUGCAGAGACACUAUUUCAAGUAUACUACGUCAUCGAGUAGCGCCGAAGGACUGUUUAAAUGCAUGUUAAAUGCCCAGCAUUCGGCACUCGACAUUGAGAAACAGCCAGUCCAUCCAGGUCUGUCAUUUGCUGAUAAUGCUGUGGAAGACGAAACCCAGUCAAAAGAACCCUGGGGUUAAUAUGAAGGCUAGGAAUUUCAUACAAACAGAGAUCACUAAAUCACUAGUGCAAGCAACACUGGAUUCAGCUUACUACUCUAGAAAAGGGAAGAAAAUUGAUGUUUUUCCAGCCAAAAAUACAGAAAGACACCUCAACCAACUAGCCUUCCACUGUUUUUACUCUUAACUUGCUUAAGUGGCCAAAGGACCAACUUACUUAGUAGUUACUAGCAUUUAGUUUGUGGUUGAAUAUAAAUUCCCAAACUGUCUUUUUAGAUUUAAGAAGCCCUGAUUAAGGCUGCCAUUAAUGAAGCGAUAGCUUACAGCAUAAAUAUAUUUUUCUGUUACAUUUGUUUAUGUUGGACACAUUAUAUUGAUACUGAAAUGACUUGUCACUUUUGCCUAUGUAAAGCUUACAGUAUAAAAACAGUCUGUUAUCACUACUGAACAUAACUUUAAAUCCUGUGGUCCUGAAGGAACAACUACUAACUAACUCAGCUGUUUGUAUCUUUUGUUUUUGUGUAACAGGAAUUGUUGAUAUUGUCCCAUUUCCCUGUGAAGAGCAGCUGUUGAAGUUUCUUAUGCACUAAUUUUGUGAAUAAUGUGCCAGUUUACAUUGCCUUUGUUCACCUUUCUUUGUUUUAGCCUUGAGUAUUUUUCUAACAUAUUACCUAAUCAUUUAUUGUAACAUACUUUUCCGAAGUGCUCAUGUAUAAUAAAAAACAUGACAAUAAGAAAUGUCUUAGCAAAGUAACAUUUGAUGGACAAAUGUGGAAUUACAUUUGAACUGUAAUGUUAACAGCACGAGAGCGCUGUUUGUGUGCACCCAACAUGUCCGCUGAUGAUUAAAACGUUUGCCAACUAA